CCUGCAGAGACGUCAGGCGUGACGUAUGCAAUAUAAACACGGGCUGGGAGCUGAGUACGCUGGAUUAUUGUGAGGCUGAAAGUGGAGUGUGAGGAGCUGCUGCAGCAGCAGCAGCAGCAGCAGCAGCAGCGCCGCCGCCGCCGCCGCCGCCUGCGGAGACCCGAGGGGUGUGUCGGGAGCGCGCGUCCAGGGGCCACAAACCGGGCAUUGGGAGCGCCCCAUCCUUUAUAGUGACCCCGGCAUGGAGAUGGCGGCACCGCUCGCCCAGUUUGACGAGGACUGGCAGGACUUUUACGAGUUCCGUCCUCCGUCCUCUUCUCCCGUGGGCAAUAGCCGCCUUGACAAGGUGAACUCUAACUCGUCCGCCACGUCCGCAGCAGCAGAUCCCUUGCCGGGGGGCCUGGGCACUCUGGAGGACCUGACCGAGCUGGACAAUGGCUUCUCGGUGGAGCUGAUGGGAGGGUUCAAGUCCAUGGAGGAUCUGGUCAACGACUUCGACGAGAAGCUAACGGUGUGCUUCCGCAACUACAGCACCGACACCGGCAACAUCGCCCCUGUCCGGCCCAUCACCGAGGAGGGCAUCAUGCGCGAUGACGAAAUUUGGAAUGCCUUGACUGAUAACUAUGGCAAUGUAAUGCCUGUGGAUUGGAAAUCAUCUCAUACGAGAGCCUUGCACUUACCAACACUCAACCUUUUGGAGAAAGCCGUGAAUGAUAAUUUAAAUCUUGACCUAUCAGACGAUGAGGAGCUAAGGGAGCAACUAGAUAUGCAUUCUAUCAUCGUAUCGUGUAUAAAUGAAGAACCACUCUUUACAGCGGAGCAGGUUAUUGAAGAAAUUGAGGAAAUGAUGCAGGAAUCACCUGAUCCAGAAGAGGAUGAUACACCUUCUCAGUCAGACCGUCUCUCUAUGCUUUCACAGGAGGUCCAGUCCCUCAAGAAGUCCUCCACAAACAGUAGCUGUGAAGAUAGGGUGAAACAGAUGUCUGUUGCGGAGUUAAAUGAUCUGCUGGAAGAAAUUGAGAUGGCCAUUAAGGAGUAUUCAGAAGAGCUGGUGCAGCAGCUGGCCUUACGGGAUGAGCUGGAGUUUGAGAAGGAAGUGAAAAAUAGCUUCAUCUCUGUCCUUAUUGAAGUACAGAACAAGCAGAAAGAACACAAGGAAAAUGUGAAAAAGAAGAAAAAGCUGAAAAGCAACAGCACCCAGAAUGGCAAACAAGAGCGAAGUCAUCUUCCAGGAACUCGCUUCAGCAUGGAAGGCUUGUCAAACGUCAUACAGAAUAGCCUUCGCCAGACGUUUGGGAGUUCGGGUGGAGAUAAACAGUAUUUAACCACGGUUAUUCCUUAUGAGAAGAAAAAUGUGCCACCUUCUGUUGAAGAUCUCCAAAUACUAACUAAAAUUCUCCAUGCAAUGAAAGAUGACAGUGAGAGAGUACCAACAUUGCUAACAGACUACAUUUUAAAAGUGCUAUGUCCUACCUAAGAAGUUCCUGGCUUUGGAGGAUGAGAUCUCUUGUGUAUGAUAAGAUGCAUUUUCCAUGGAUUGGUUAGAAGUUCCUAUGUGAACAGACCCUGUAGCUGAAUCUGCAUUCAUCAGCAUCCCAUUUCUAUUAUUCAGCUGGUAUUUUGAGCAUGUUGACAGAAUUAUUCAGCUGUUCCCCUUGUCUGUGCUAAGUGUUAUGAGAUCCUACCAUUGCUGGUGUGCAUACAUAGAAUCUGUUUCGCCAUUCGAGAUAUGCUCCUCCAGAAGUAGUUGAAUAUGAUAUUUAUGAGAUUAGAACAAGUGUACAGUUUUAACCUGUUUUUAUGUGUUGAAUUCUAUUUUUACGGUAAAUACAAUUAAAGUUCUUUAAUGGUUUUUAAGAUGGAAA